AUGGCAAAAAAGUCUGAUCCAGAUAAAUUCGUGAUAUCCAAAGACGCUUUGUUACCGGGUGUACUUUUCGCGUUGUUGAUACGAUGGUGCGUUGCGGCGUAUCCAUAUUCCGGUUACAAGACUCCGCCGAUGUACGGAGACUUCGAGGCGCAGCGGCACUGGCAAGAAAUAACACUCCACACGCCGGUCGCGAACUGGUACCGCAACACUACUCAAAACGACCUGGAAUACUGGGGGCUGGACUAUCCGCCCCUGACGGCAUACCACACUCUACUGAUCGCCGUAGUUGGGGACUGGUUGGAUCCGGAAUCCGUGCGGCUCUUCGCAUCCAGAGGCUACGAGAACGAGAAUCAUAAAAAUUUCAUGCGCUGGACUGUGUUCCUUGUUCACGAGAAGACCAUUUUACUGGUGGCUAUACCCGUUGCACUACAUUUACCCGACGAUCCAUACAUGUGCUUCUGGUUUUUGCUGGAAGUGACAGAUGAGAGCGACGGCUGCGGGGCCAAGUUCUCGGCGCUCAUUGUCUCCGACAAGUUUCAGGGGAAGCCCCUAUUAGCGCGGCAUAGACUAGUAAACGCAGUGCUUCAAGAGGAGCUAAAGACGAUACACGCGUUCACGCAAAAGACCCUAACAGUUGAACAGUGGAAGCAACAG